AGGGUGCUUGCCGAUUAGCAAUAGUCAUCGAUGAAAAGAGAAGAAAAACAAAAGUACAUUUGAAAUGGAGUCAACUAUUCCAACUAUAGAUCUCUCUCCAUUCUUCAAAGAAGCAAGUACUCAUGAGGACGAAAAGAAGAAGGCCAUUGAGACUAUAAGGCAAGCUUGCUCGGAAUAUGGUUUCUUUCAAAUCAGCAAUCAUGGGGUACCACUUGGAUUGAUGGGUCAAGCCCUUGAUCUGUCCAAGGAAUAUUUUGGGUACACAGAUGAAGAAAAGCUCAAAUCUAGUCCUGGUUCCGGUGCACCUCUUCCAGCCGGUUACAGCAAGCAGCCACAGCACUCUCUAGAUAAGAACGAGUACUUCUUAAUGUUCCCUCCGCACACAGAUUUUAAUGUCUAUCCACCAAACCCACCUCACUUUAGGAAAGUGUUGGAAGAGAUAUUCAUGAAGUUAAGUGCGAUUGGUUUACUUUUGGAGAGCAUCUUGAACGAGUGUUUAGGACUGCCUCCCGAUUUCCUCAAGGAGUAUAAUGAUGAUCGGAGCUGGGAUUUCAUGGCGGCGCUUCGUUACUUUCCGGCUACGGAAAGCCAGAACAAUGGAAUUUCAGAACAUGAAGAUGGAAAUUGUAUUACUUUUGUGUUCCAAGAUGAGGUUGGAGGCCUUGAGGUUUUCAAGGACAAGGAAUGGAUUCCAGUUUUUCCCACUCAAGGCACAAUAGUGGUCAACAUAGGCGAUGUAAUCCAGGUGAUAAGCAACAACAAAUUGAAGAGCGCAACACACAGAGUGGUGAGAACAAAGGGAAGAUGCCGACACUCAUUUGCAUUUUUCUAUAACUUGCAUGGAGACAAAUGGGUUGAACCACUGCCCAAAUUCACUCAAGAGAUCGGCGAGUCACCAAAGUAUAGAGGGUUUUUAUUCAAGGAGUACCAACAAUUGAGAAUGAGAAAUAAAAGCCAUCCACCUUCUAAUCCUCAAGAUGUGAUUCACAUAACUCAUUAUGCCCUCAAGAACUAAAACAAUCCAAAAACUUGUAAUCAUAUGAUUUUUCUUUUGGUUUUCAAACAUUUGGUUUGAGUGACGGUGCUCACUUUUGUUAAGUUAUUUGUAUGAUUAAAUCAAACUCUAAAAGAUAUGGGAUCAAAUAAAUUAUGGGUACUUCUAA